AUGAGGAACCAAGGAGUUGUUGAGAAUAAAUGGGUUCUUUUGAAGGGUGUCAGUGGAUCCUUCAGGCCAGGUGUUCUCACUGCUCUAAUGGGUGUCACUGGAGCAGGCAAAAAAACUCUGAUGGAUGUUCUUGCUGGUAGAAAAAUUGGAGGAUAUGUUGGAGGGAACAUCACAAUCUCUGGGUAUCAGAAGAAGCAAGAAACAUUUGCAAGAAUUUCAGGAUACUGCAAGCAAAACGACAUCCACUCUCCUCAUGUCACUAUGUAUGAAUCCUUGGUUUAUUCAGCUUGGCUCCGAUUGUCUCCAGACAUCAAUGCUCAAACCAGAAAGGUUGGUGUCUAA